CAGGCCCGGCCGCGGCCGCUCCCGCCUGGAGCCGCCGCGCGCCCCCAGUCCCCCGGCGCCGCCGCGGCCCCUCGCCUUCCUCUUCCCGGCGCGGCCCCCCGGCUACCGCGCGCCGCCCGCCACCAACCCGCUGGCCACCAUGUCGGUGGAGCUUGAGGAGGCCCUGCCGCCGACGAGCGCCGACGGGACGGCUCGCAAGACGGCCAAGGCCAGCGGCUCUGCGGCGCCCACGCAGCCCAAGAGAAGGAAGAACCGCAAGAAGAACCAGCCAGGCAAGUACAGCCAGCUGGUGGUGGAGACCAUCCGCAGACUAGGUGAGCGCGGCGGCUCCUCUCUGGCGCGCAUCUACGCCGAGGCCAGGAAGGUGGCAUGGUUCGACCAGCAGAACGGGCGCACCUACCUCAAGUACUCUAUCCGGGCGCUGGUGCAGAACGAUACGCUGCUGCAGGUGAAGGGCACCGGCGCCAACGGAUCCUUCAAGCUGAACCGCAAGAAGCUGGAAGGCGGCGCGGAGCGGCGCGGAGCUUCGGCGGCUGGCAGCCCCGCGCCCAAGGCACGCACGGCGGCGGCGGACAGAACGCCGGCCAGGCCGCAGCCCGAGCGGCGCGCGCACAAGAGCAAGAAGGCGGCUGCUGCUGCCAGCGCGAAGAAAGUGAAGAAGGCGGCUAAACCCAACGUGCCUAAGGUGCCCAAGGGCCGCAAGUGACGCCCCUACGGUCCGGCGACAUUGUCGAAUUUCCGUCUCUACCCUCCUUCUGCCCCCCCUACCCUCGCCUCCCCGGUGUACCGGUUCCGUAGGGUUCGGCCAGGCCCAGGUCCCCGGUCCCUGUCCCCUCCCCCGCUCCUCCCCCAGCGAUGCUGCGUUCUGUUUGCUUUAGGUUUUUGAAACGGCCCUGGCGACGCCUCCAUUGGCUCUCACCCUUGGCAACGGCCGUCGUCAUGGUUACCGGCCUGGCGGCGCCAAUGGCCUGGCGGCGCCUGCCGUGGCCGCGGUGCCCGCCGAUGGUCACCCGGCGCUCGGGUUGUGCAGCGCCUUGCUUCGCCCGCUGCCUUCCUGGGGCGCAAUAAACGGUUCCAACCUUGA